UAAAUUUUUAAUUCAUUGUGCUUUUUUUUUUAUUUUACAGAUGCAGGCCAUCCGGAGGAAGCGGGCCUACCUGCGGGAGGCCAACGAGUGGUUGCGCUGGGAGGAUGCGGAGGGUGAAAUCCUGGAUGGCGAAAAUAUUUUCGCCAUCCAGGAUUUGCACGCCAGGGCCGCCAAAUGGUUGGCGGAUUCGGAGGACGAGGAAUAUCUGCACGGAGCUCGCUGGGAGGGAGGUGUCGGCCCAGACACCCCGAGAGCGCGGUGGGUCCGCGCUCUGAGGCGCGAGGCGCGUGGCCUGGAGGCCGAGGGCGAGCAGCUGCUCGCUCUAUACGACGUGGAGGAUGCCUGGGCGCUAAGGAUCCUCUUCGGGGAGGAGCCCACUCAGCCAGACCUGACAGAGGAGAAUUGGGACCUGGAGCAGUGGGACUGAGGCCACUGCCCCCCCCCUUCCCAUUUAAUUUUAAAUUUAAAAAAAAAUGUAUUUUUAAUUUUAAGUUUUUUGAAUAAAAUUAAAUUUAAAAAAUGAAUAUUUUCUUGUGUGUUUAUUUAUUUAUUUCCCUUAGUUUUAAAUUAUAAAACAAAACCAAAAAAAAAAAAUUUUA